UCUUUCUCUCCUAACAGAAUCCCUAGAAUCAGUAGAUCUUUACAGCCACUCUGACUGAGGGCACAGAUGCUAACUUGAACCUGGAUGCUCCCUUCCUAGGGAUAUUCUUGUCUACCUGUCUAAGUUAAUUUUCUUCGUAAUGAUAUUUACAACUUUUGCCAGCUGGAGGUGACAUGUGGCUUCUAACAACCCUGCUCCUUUGGGUUCCAGUUGGUGGACAAGCGGUAAAUGUCACAAAGGCUGUGGUCACCUUGCAGCCUCCAUGGGUCAGUAUUUUCCUGAAGGAAAAUGUCACUUUAUGGUGUGAGGGGUCCCGCUUGCCCGGAGACAGUUCCACGCAGUGGUUUAUCAACGGCACAAUCCUCCCGAUCUCCACGCCUGGUUACAGUAUCACCAAGGCCAUGCUCAAGGACAGUGGUGAAUAUAGCUGCCGGACUGGCCUCUCAAUGCUAAGUGACCCUGUACAGUUAGAAAUCCACAAAGACUGGCUGCUACUCCAGGCCUCUCGAAGAGUCCUCACAGAAGGAGAACCUCUGGCUUUGAGGUGUCACGGAUGGCAGAGUAAGCUGGUGUACAACGUGUUUUUCUAUCGAGAUGGAAAAUACUUUCAGUCUUCUCAAGGCUCUGAGGUCACCAUUCUGCAAACCAACCUGAGUCACACCGGCAUCUACCAUUGCUCAGGCAUAGGGAAAAACUACCAACGCUACACAUCUGCGGGGAUGUCUGUCACCGUGAAAGAGCUAUUUACAGCUCCAGUGCUGACAUCGUCCCUGCCAUCUCCCUUCCUGGAGGGGAGUCCGGUCACCCUGAGCUGUGAGACAAAAUUGCUCCUACAGAGUCCUGGCUUGCCGCUUUACUUCUCCUUCUACGUGGGCAGCAAGAUCCUGGAGGAUAGGAACACAUCCUCGGAGUACCACAUCCCAAGUGCUGAAAGAGAAGAUUCUGGGCUAUACUGGUGUGAGGUAGCCACGGAGGAUGGCAGCAUCCUUAAGCACAGCCCUGAGUUGGAGCUUAGAAUACUCGGUCCCCAGUCAUCGGCCCCUGUCUGGUUUCACACCAUUUUCUAUAUGUCAAUGGGAAUAAUAUUUUUGGUGGACACAAUUCUCUGUGUGAAAAUACACAAGAAGUUUCAAAGAAAGAAAAACUACAAUUUAGAAGUCCUUUUGGUUUCUGAUCAGGGGAAGAAAGACACUUCCUCUUAGCAAGUUUGAAGCGAUGAGGUGUCUGAAGAAGAGACAUGGCAAGGCAGACCACACCAGAAGGGCCACGCGGUGGCUGUGGACCUGGGCAACCUGCACCCUCCCUCUCUGUGGGGCACAAACUUGCAAAAGUUGACUGACACUGAGACUGUGGCACCACAGCAUGCGACUCUUAAAUAAAGCAAACGUACAAGCUGA